AUGGCAUCUUCCCAAUAUUUCUUCAUCCUUGCGAUUGUAGCAAUUCUUGUCCCUUCAAUUUUGGCCACAGAGUUUGUGGUUGGUGAUGACAAGGGUGGGACUGUUGACUAUAAUUACAUAGCUUGGGCUCAAGGAAAGGAGUUCCAUGUGAAUCAAGUUCUUGGUGCAGUUUUCAAGUAUACACCGGGAUCCCAUAUUGUUCUUGAAGUCAAUGAAAUUGGCUUCCAACAAUGUGUGGCACCGUUGGGAACUGAGGCCUUGGUUAGUGGAAAUGAUGUGAUUACCCUAGCAAUCUUGGGAAGAAAUUGGUAUAUUUGUGGUGUUGCCAAUCAUUGUCAGAUUAACAAUCAAAAGCUUGCCAUAACAGAGUCUCCAGCACCUUCUCCCGUAUCAGACCACGAGUCUUUGGUUUGUGAGAGUAAAGUGCAAAAUUACCAGAAUCAGCCAAUUCAGGGCGUUGUUGAUGCCGAUGGUGUCCAAGAAGCAUGUCAUGAUUCAGCAUUACAACUUGAAAGUUGUCAAAGGUGCAUAUCACCUCUCGAUGCAGCAAAGUGA